CCACUUCAAAGUGUAACAGUGACCUCUGUGUCGUGGAGCAUCAUGAUCAACACCGCUGCCUCAAGCAAGAAGAGGAUUCGGCGUCCAAGCAAGGCUUUAUGCUCGGAUCCACGUCCAUAUGCGCCAAGAUAUACAGCCAAUCAGCGACUUGUGCCUGAUCACGCCUGCUUAUGAGACGCGAAACCAUAGCCCUAAUCCGUCCCUGUGCUACCAUGCUCACUCCACAUCGUGCGUCAGCUGUUCCAGCCCUGCCCUGCAGCAUGAUGAGAGCUCUUCAACAGCUUGCUUGCGUUUGCGAGCUAGGUGGGCUGAGCAAUGAGGGUGACGUGCUGUUGAGAAAGAAUGAGGCAGCUGUCUGCUUGCAUACAGUACAAAGGUCCUCUCAAACCAAGCUUUGUCAUCGUGGCUUCUUCACUCAAUCUGCGAGCGAGAAAACACAGCCUUCACAGACACAGAAUGCCUCACCAUCAGAGCGCUCAUCACCAUAGCGGUGAGUAUGAGAACGAGCAUGAGCAGAUGGGUCAACAACAGCAUGGUCACCAAGAGAGUCAUCAGCAAGACGGUCACCAGCAGAGCAGCCACAAGAAGCACUACGGCGGUCGUACCAAGGCCAAGGGGAUCGAGAACUACAGUGUCUGGAAAGGCACGCCCAUCAGCUACGUAGCACAAACCCUCCAACAAGACCGCUCGCCGCACAUCAACCUCAAGUUCUCCGACGGCAGCAAAGACCACGAGGCCAACAUCAACGUCGCUUCAACCGACGCCGAUCCAGAUCUCGUUUACUGGCUGCACCGCCAAUGGCACCAUCCCAUCACCAAGGGCCUGACGAGCCUCCAGGACGGUGUCCACAAAAUCACAGCGUCUGAGCCUGGUUCGGGCUUGAGUCUUGACUUCCUUCGCACGAAGCCUGCGUUGCUGACCUUGAGUGCCGGACGUGUUCUGCCGAACAAUAAGUCCGGACCAAAUAACGACAUUCUGGACCAGCUGAAGCCGAUCCUCGACGAUGCGAUCCAGGCCAAGGCGAAGGUGUACAUCUUUGGUGCCGACUAUGGUCAGGGUAUUGACGACGUCCACAUGAACCAGGGUUCGUCGCCGGAGUAUGCUAACGCUGUCGGCGAAGACGGCGCCAUCAUCUUCCAUUACCAAGGUGGUGAUGACCACUACGAGGCCGUCUUCUUGGCCUUUGCGAGCCAAAGCGUACCAACGAACGAUCAAACUGGGGCGGCAGAGCAGGGAGGUCAGGAGCUGGCCCAGAUUGCUCAGGGGACGGGAAGUCAAGGUGGUUCGUCCUCGCACCAGCAAGGUGGCUCGUAGUAUCAGUGACUUAGCAGUCGGCGAAGCACGAACGUCCUUCGGUCAAUCUUUACCUCGAGGCACUUGGCGCGAGCAGGGGAGUUAUGACGUGAGCCAAGGCUACUUGGGCUCUCCAUGUGGCUGGACACGUGCGCACAUUCGCGACGUAAAGCGACAUUCAAUAGCAG